AAUUUCAAUCCCUUGAAACCCAUCUUCUUUCAUAUAAUAUCUUGCCACAUUUCCUUUCUCCAUGGCCAUCAUCCUUCACAGCCCAACAACACAAAUGCCUCUCUUCCUUAUUACACCUUACUGUUAGAAGCCCUCAAGUUUUUUUUUUCCUUUUCUUUCUUUUUCCCUUUUUUUUUCCUCAUUUUUUUUUUUUUUUUUUUGCCUUUUCUCCUGGGAAGCAGGAGGACCCUCUUGGUGUCAGAACCAAAUCCCAACCUCCAAUCCAAUAUUUUCAUCCCAAAAGGUCAGUCCUGUCAGAGUUUGUUGCAUGUAGUACUAGGAUCUUCAUCAAUUUUUCAUAACCCUUCACUACAAAACCCUAAAAAAAUCUUCUAGCAUCUCCACCACCUCCUUUGCACCCACAAAAUCUGUACUGUUUCUCACCAUGACUUCCAAUAGGGUUUUCUUCAAUACUAGUUCUAGAAAAGCCAGGUGUGCCCGUAGAUUCCUUCAAUCCCUUCUGCGAAUAAGGCAGCGUAGGCCUGGUUCGUUAUCGUCUGAAGAAGUAAGGCAGCGGAGUAGGAGAAUCAAGAUGGCUGCAUACUCAUCCAUGGCAUGUACAGUCGGGUCUAGGAGGGCGUGGAGCCGGGCGAUUAUCUUCAGGCUUCAAAGCCGCGCUGGGCGCCAUGGUCGCAUGAGGAGAAGGUGUUUAGGUGUAAAGAAGAAGCCCUCUAGAGAGAUGAGCCAAGCAGACAGGCUUCGGGAUCUUGUCCCAGGUGGGGAAGCUCUGGAUUUCUGCAACCUGUUGGAGGAAACUGCCCAUUAUAUUAAAUGUCUGAGUUCCCAGGUUGAAAUCAUGAAAAGUAUAGCUGAUAUCUAUUGUAGAUCUUGAAGGUGGCACACUGUUCUACAUACAGAAACAUGAAAGAGCAAAAAAAAAAAAAAAAAAAAAGGAAGAAGAAGAAGAAGGAGGAGGAGGUAUAUGGACACAGAAUUGAUGGACUGCUGUAGUGGUGGUGGUAUGUUUCUAAACUAUGAUAAACAGCUUAUAUACAAGUAGUUGUUACAUGCACACACAUAUAUAUAUAAACACUUUAUUAUUAGUAUCUUUCUUUGAAGAGGAUUGUAUGUCAGAGCUUUCAUGCCUCCAAGACAGAUGAAUUUUCUUGGUUGUACAGAGAUGAUAUCUGAUGAAAAGUUACGAUUAAAGCCCUUUAUAUUAUAUGCACUGUCUCUUCUUGUGUGAA